AUGACCCAGCAAGCCACCGGGAUUGAUUCCGACCGCACCGCCGUUCUCAUCAUGGAUUUCCAGCAGCGUAUCAUCGCCAACGUGGCUACCGAGCCCGUGGCGGUGGUCGAAAACGCCGCAAAGGCUCUGGAUGGCGCGCGUCGGGCCGGCAUCCCCGUCAUCUACGUCGUGCAUCGCGGCGGCCCCUUCGCCGAGUACGCCCCUGACGUGGAACUGCACCAGGGCGUCGCGCCGUCCGAGGGUGAAUUGGUCAUCACGAAGGUCCGACCGGGUCCAUUCUCCACCACGGCCCUGGACGUGACCCUGCGCGAGAUGGGCCGCGACAACCUCGUCAUCAUGGGCGUGGCCACCAGCGGCUGCGUCCUUUCUUCCGUGCGCUGGGCGGUGGACGUAAACUACAGAUUCAUCGUCCUCUCCGACGCCUGCUCCGACGGUGAUCCCGAAGUCCAUCGCGUCCUCACCGAGAAGGUCUAUCCGCGCCAGGGCACCGUGAUGACCACCGACGAGUUUCUUCAGGCCUUGUAG